AUGCUUUCUUCCGGCUACUACAGAACCUUACUUCCGGCUAACAUGGACCUUUAUAUUCCGGUACUUGGCCUUCAUUACUUACACCCCUUAGUGACUUCAUCCCUACUCAUGUGGUUGAUCCGCGUUGAUGGACCUGCUUACAACAGCUCUGAACUUUCGGCUACUCACUGGCCCCUACUUCCGUUUGCUCUUUCAGUCGUUUUCAUGGCUUUUCUCUACUUACCAUUCCGUUAUGCCUGGAAGGUGUUACCUUUCCGAGCGGUUUUGCAAAAGCCGAGACAUAUUUGUAGCAUGCAGGCAACAAAGUCAAGCCAAAUCCAAGUUUUCCUUGCAGAGAUUUUCAGCCCAGAAGAUGAAGGCCCUGUGGCCAAUUCUGAGAAAAAAUGCAAAAGUUUCUGUUCAUUUUACAAGAAUUUGAUGCCAGACGAAAAGAAUUUGUUUCUGCAAGUUUUGUCCAAGAGUUAUGGUGUUCAUCAUGCAAGAGUGAUUCAAAUAUCAAAGAAUAUGUUAAAUUCUGUGGAAGAGAAAAUUAGCAUACUAAAAGCUGAAGAACAGUUACAUCAUGCUCUGAUACCAAGAUACAAAAUGCUUUUCACAAAUAUCAGCCGUAUUGAAGGAGGAGUUAAAUUUUUAGUCGACAUGCGUGGAGACUUAAUACAUGCAUUAACGCAGUCUGGUGUGAAUCAAGGAAAUCUGCAUUUGCGAGUGUUGAACUACACCUUAAAGGAUUUGCUUGUUUUAUGGUUUUCGGUUGGUUUAUUGAAUUUACAGAGGAUUACCUGGCAGUCACCCUGUGACAUGGUACAGAAGAUUUCACAGUAUGAAGCUGUUCAUCCUGUUCGUAAUUGGACUGACUUGAAGCAUCGAGUUGGAGCUUAUCGUCGUUGUUUCGUCUUUAUUCACAAUAGCAUGCCCCGAGAACCUGUCGUCGUACUUCACACGGCUCUUACCAAUGAAAUUCCAUCAAGUAUUCAUUCCAUCAUCAAAUCUCCUAUGAGAAGAAGCACGUCCAUUGAAACUUUUCCGUUGGAAGAACAAAGUGUGGAAAAUAUGAAUCAAAUAUCAACUGCAGUUUUUUAUUCAAUUACGUCCACACAAAAAGGACUUCAAGGUGUCGACUUGGGAAAUUAUUUAAUCAAGCGAGUGGUACGCGAACUACAAAUUGAGUUUCCUCAAAUGUGUAACUUUACAAGCCUGUCACCGAUUCCUGGAUUCAAAGAAUGGCUGAUAAAAGAGAUUACAAAAAGCAUUCAAAAAUAUCAGUCUGGUGAAGGCCUUGAAAUGUCCCUAUUUUCAACAGUGGAUGUGGAGAAUCUGAAAAGUUAUUUUGAUUUAAGUUCAUUAUCAGGGUUAGAGCAAUUGCGGAAAAUGCUGCAGUUAAGCAGUUGGGCAAACGACGAACAUUUAAUAAAACUUCUCGAAAGGCCGCUCAUGAGAUUGUGUGCACGAUAUCUUUAUGUAGAAAAGAGACGAGGAUAUGCUCUCAACCCUGUAGCCAACUUUCACCUAGGAAAUGGAGCUACGUUAUGGCGUUUAAACUGGCUUGGUGAUAUGUCCCCACGUGGACUUGGACAAUCAUGUGGGAUGAUGUCUGUUCACAUCUAUCUCAGUCUGUUUCUAUCUACUAUCUCUCUUUCUUUCUUUCUCUCUCUCUCUCUCUGUGUUAUACUACCUAUUCUAUGGUAA